UCAAUUGCAUGUGAAAAAAUGGCUUCUACAAGGUGUUCUAGGUCUGUAGCUCUUUUCAUUCUGUUUAAUAUCCUGUUUUUCAUUUGUGUUACAUCUGUUAAGGUCGUUCCUUACCCUCCAAAAGAGGCACCCUCUCCUCCUGCUGUCCCUGAGUCUGGAAAAUGCCCCACGGAUACACUUAAGUUCGGUGUCUGUGGUAGUUGGCUGGGAUUGGUGUAUGAGGUUGUUGGAACUAAACCUAGCAAGGAAUGUUGUACCUUAAUUUCAGGUCUGGCUGAACUUGAAGCUGCAUUGUGUUUAUGCACUGCCAUCAAAGCUAAUGCAUUGGGUGUUAUCAAGGUUAAAGUGCCCAUUGCUAUUAGUUUGCUCUUAAAUGGAUGCGGAAAGAAAAUCCCUAAAGGCUUUGUAUGCGCGUAAGGAAGCAAGUUAUUUGCAUUGGACUAUUAAUUUGUUGAUGAAAUGUUGCCUUGUUUCAGUUGUUCCUGCUUUGUUCAGCUUAUAAAAUAGUCUAAUUUUGAUUCUUUGUAUGCCAUGGUGUUGGAGUUGUGGUGUUCAAGCUGCCAAGUAGCAGCAAGUGAAAAUAAAAGGCUGCACCAAAGCACGGUAGCAGCAAAGUGUAGCAAGCUACGCUGCAAAUGUUGAUGAAGUGAGGUUGAAAUGAAAUGGAAAUACAAAUGUAGCUGAAAUGAAAGGCUGCAGAGCUG